AUGUGCUUCGGCGUGUCGUUAAAUAACUUUUCAUUCGACAGAGCGUCGCACACGUGGUUCACUUUUAACCGACCGCUGUUUGGAAGUGAUGUCGUUGUUCCAUUUGUCUCGCCUGCCGAAGUCAUCGUUUCAUCUGAAGUAGCCGUUAAUGUACUUGCAGUUGUUGCAGUUGUUGCAGUUGUGUUAAACACAGUUGUGGUUGUCGUCGAAGUCGUGGUUGUCGUCGUAGUUGUCGUCGUAGUCGUGGUUGUCGUCGUAGUCGUGGUCGUAGGCACUGGUGUAUCGGUGGUUGAUGUGGCUGAUGUUGGCAUUAGGCCCAUCAACAACAAUCCGGCAAUGAGUAUCUUCAUCUUCACUGCCGCCAUUCCAGGUGAUUAUGCUUCACAAAUCGGUGCCGUUUGUCCCAAUACGCAACAACCAAUUUCAAACUAUUUUCGAAAUUUUGUUAUCUGUAGCGAAAUUUGUAUGCUGUCUUUGGUUUGA